AUGGAGUUUUGUAAUUUGGUUUUCUGGAUGCUGUGUGUGUUGCUUCAUGUUCUGAUGAAGAUUUCUUCUGCUACUCUUUCUCCUUCUGGCAUAAACUAUGAAGUUGUGGCUUUGAUGGCUAUAAAAAAUAAUUUGAAUGAUCCUCACAAUGUUUUGGAGAGUUGGGAUAUAAACUAUGUCGAUCCAUGUAGUUUGAGGAUGAUUACUUGUACUUCAGAUGACUCAGUUUCUGCACUGGGAUUGCCUAGUCAGAACGUGUCUGGUACACUAUCUCCAAGAAUCGGAAACCUUACUAACUUGCAAUCUGUGUAA